CCCGAGAGCGUCGCCCCCUGGCGUUCGGCCUCGGUAGCGGCAGCAGAAAGGCUUAAGCUCUCCAGACAUUCCAGCAGGUCGGAGAUGGCCGAGUGAGGACGGAAAAGGCCGAGAGUAUCGCCCCCUGGUGUUCGGCCGCGGUAGUGUGCAUCUUGAAAUGUGCUAUGGGUGGGAUUUUCCUUCUACAAGGUGGUUGGAAAUCAGAAGAUCCAUCUUCGGUGGAGUUGCAGUGCUCUCUGGAUGGGUGUGAACUAUAACUCCCGAAAUCCAAGUCUUCAAAGUUACGUAUUCUCAUCUCCUGCCCCACCAAGAAAAAAUAGGCCUUUUGAGAGAAUUUCCACAGGAAGCCACAGCCAGCGGAAACGGCGCAGCAUCGCAGCAUCGGCUCCGAAACCCACAUCCCUUCUGCUUUUCGGUCUGGCAGCAACUAAGGACCUUUCCUUUGCUUUGCUCAGGAAAAGGCAAGGAGGAAGAAGAUGAGGAUGAAUGGCUUCAGGGAGCCAGGACUGUGGCUGCUGGGCCUUCUCCUGCUGCUCCUGGUCCACUGCAAACAAACCUCCGGCAGCUCCGAGCCACAAGUGGACUGCAUUGUCUUCAAUGAGGAAAGCCUGACCUGCAACUGGACCACCAAGGACAAUCUGAGCGCCAACUACACGCUGCAUUACUGGAUCAAAGAGGGUAAACCCUCCAGAGAGUGUCCGCAUUACUUCCGAAGGGACGACGGCCUCAACACGGGGUGCCAGUUCAACAUCUCCGUGGAGGAUUUCCUCUAUUCAGAAUUCCACGUUUAUAUCAACGCGAGUCACGGUGGAGCCGUUUUCAAGGAUUACAAGUCCCUGCUGGAGCGAGUGAAACCCGGGGCCCCUUUCAACCUCUCCAUCCAGACCCAGGAUGACAACCAGUUAUUGCUGAGCUGGGAAUCGCCCUAUAGAUCCCCACAGUUCCUGCAAAACAAGGUCAAGUACAAGAGCAACAAGGACACAAGCUGGACGGAACAAAAAACCGACAGGAUGGAGUUCAGCCUGCCCAGCGUGGAUCCGGAGAAGGUCUACACCUUCUACGUCUCUAGUAAGGUCAAGGACGCCUAUGGGAAGACGGACCUUUGGAGCGACGAGGCCGGCCCGGUCCACUGGGGGAAAGAAAAGGAGCCCUCCAUAGAGCCGUGGGUCCAAGUUGCCAUCGGGGUCGGCUCCGUCUGCCUCCUGCUUCUGAUGAUGGCGAGCCUCAUAUCCAUGGAGAGGAUCCGCUUGGUUCUGUUGCCUGCCAUCCCCAACCCUGGCAAGAAAUUCGAAGAUCUCUUCACAGCGUACCGUGGCAAUUUCUCCGAGUGGGCCGGAGUCUCGAAGGACGCCGUGGAGGCCUUCAAGCCCAACUACUGCGAGAGCAUCUGCCACAUCAGUGAGCUCUUCCCCGGCGGGGGCUAUUUGCCCAUCGGCAGCGAUGCCAUGGGCAAAACUUGGCCUAUUCCCAAAGGAAGUGCCCCAUAGAGGGACCCCACUCCUCACCUCCAGUCCCAGUGGGCUACCAGAACUGGAAAUGUUGCUUGAAUAGAAAAGACAAUGCUGUGUCUCCCACAGUAACCCACUAAUGAGUACCUAGGGGAUUCUGGGUGUUCUACUUCAGUCCUUCCCAGACCCCUUCUAUACUGCCAUAUAAUCCAGUUCAAAGCAAAUAAUCUAGAUUUUGUAUGGCAGUGUAAAAGGGGCCUUAUAUGCCUUCCUUGAAAUUGCAAAAUGGCACAACAUGCCCCUAAGAAAGUGGAUUCGACGUCUAGAGAACUCCAUGGUGUGUUAGGUCUUAAAGGUACUGCAGGAUGUUUUGCUAUUGCACAUAAAUACUUUUUAAAAAGGA